AUGCUUCACUUCUGUCCGAGUCAACUCAGAGCACAGCUCGGGACAACCCCCAACAUUAAACACAUUGUGGUCGGGAGGUGUUACACUUACACCACACUAGUUAACCCCAGCUUAAGGUAUGACUGUGAGGAGAUCUGGAGGCAGUUUGAGGAGGCCGUUAUUAGUCAUUCUUCUUGCAAUGUGACCGUCGAGGAUUAUUUUCACAUGUUUAACGCAAUGCCACAAAUCUGGCCCUGUGAUAAUUUCCUCUUCUGGAGUAAAACCAGGACACUGAUGCACAGCUAUGCUGCAGUUUUUCGUCACUUCUGGACACUGGAAGACACGCUGGUUGGCUACAUGUUCAACGAUCUCAUUUGGUGUGGCCAAGAAGAGGAUUCUGGUUUUGAUUUCAGCUCUUGUCCGGAGUGGUCGGCCUGUCGAAGUCAUCCGGUCUAUUCCCUGUGGAGGCAAGCUUCACAAAACUUUGCAGAGAUGGCGUGUGGCAACAUUACUAUCUUACUGAAUGGAUCUAUUGUUAAUGCCUUCAAUAGGAAAAGCAUGUUUGGAAGUGUUGAACUGGACAGUCUGGAUCCACAAAGGGUGAAUUAUGUCAACAUUAAGGUGGUGACCAGUCUAGACGGACCCCAUAUAGAGUCAUGUAGUCAAGGAUCCAUUGUAGACCUGAUCCAAAUCCUCCAAUCCAGAGGCUUUCACUGGACCUGUACAGACAAUGACCAGACCUUGAUGAUCUUGCAAUGCAUCCGGAACCCGCAACACUCAUCCUGCCAGACAUGUGCAAACACUUUGUUAAACAGGAACGGCCUUACGUCUAAUUAAAUCACAGACUGCUGUAAAAUCUAUAUCUUUCAAAGUAAAUCCAGAGUGCAAAAAAAGGAACAAUGAAUACUGUAAACACUGUCAUUCUUAGAUAAUAC